AUGAACAAUGCGCAAAUUUCACCACGUUCAUUGUGGAAACGGUCGGGAAGGAGGUUGACUUUGAUUUCGCUACCGAAGAUCAAAAUUGAACGGCGAUGCAAAAAUGAGGAGAAACUUAAAAAGGAAGUGGAAAAGAAACAAAAAUUCGAUGAACUGUCACUGCAAUUACCGCGUAUACAAGCAAAACUAUCAAGCACAACAAACUACUUCAGAACAUUCCAACCUCAAUGGAAUACCACAAGCGGCACUCAUCUGGACGAUGGACUAAGCGAUUUUGCAUGCUUUUCAGUGGUAUAUGGCGAACAUGAAAGUGAAACGAAAGAACUCUAUCGACUGAAAUCACAGCAGAUUUUGCCGAAUGACAAAACAAUAACCUGCGAUAACAUCGAUAAAGCAUACUCUUCAAUGCGACAACUCUACGCAAAGCAAGCCUUCCAUCUAACCGAACUGCUGUCAUUAUCGUCACCGUCAUCGAACUACCUCUCGCUAUCGAAUCACAAUGACGAAGAUAAACACGAUAACCAGUCGAAACGUGCAAUGAUACGAUGGCGCAUUGAACAGGAAAUGAACUACAUCGCACGUGUCAAUCGAAUCAUAAUCGCAUUCGCCUAUUGA